AUGUUUUUGAACGGACCAUCAUCGUCGUCGAAAUCGUCGUCCAGAAAAGGCGAUUUGUCUGCCAGAAAAUUGGCACCAGGUGGUAACAGCGACCGUGCGCAAGCCACUGAACUUCUUGUUGGGAUUUUGGAUCAUCAAUGUCCUUUAGUCUUUCAUGAAAUUUACGAUGUCAAGAUGUUCGGGAUUGAGAAGUGUCACCCAUUUGAUGCGGGCAAAUGGGGUAGAGUGUAUGCAAUGCUAAAAGACUGGCACCUGAUCUCUGACGAGAGUACUGUUAGGCCACUUGAAGCGACGAAAAACGACCUGCUCAUUGCUCAUACAAAUUUAUAUUUGAGCAGUCUUUACUCUCCCUGUGUUCUCGCCAAGGUAGUCGAAGUUCCCAUCGCCUGUUUAAUUCCCACAUGUAUCACAGAUAAGUAUUUCUUGAAACGAAUGAGAUAUCAGUGCGGUGGUACGGUUGCAGCUUGUGGCCUGGCUCUUGAGCGUGGAUGGGCCGUUAAUUUAGGUGGAGGAUUUCAUCACGCACAUAGGAGUUUUGGAGGCGGCUUCUGUGUUUAUGCUGACAUUUCGCUCGCUUUAAAAAUACUGUUCUCACGGAAAUUGAUAGAAAAGGCCUUGAUCAUAGAUUUGGAUGCUCACCAGGGGAACGGUCAUGAACGAGAUUUCGGAGAUGAUGAAAAAGUAUUCAUCCUUGAUGUCUACAAUCCAAGGAUUUAUCCUUGGGAUCAUAAGGCACAAGAAGGCAUCUCUUGUUCGGUACACGUUGGUUCGAUGACAUCCGAUGUUGAGUAUCUGAAACUGGUAAAGCGUAAUCUUUCAACUGCGCUUACGGAUUUCCGCUGCGAUUUGGUGAUUUUUAACGCCGGCACAGAUAGUUUGGAGAACGAUCCAUUAGGUGGACUGUCUUUGAGCCCAGAGAUAUUUCAUCUGACAUUUGCAUUCUGCUCCAAUUUUCAAUGCAUCGAUCCGAAAUCAGGCAAGUGCAUAGUUCGUCGUGACGAAGUCGUGUUUCGUCUGUGUCGGCAGAACUCAACACCCAUCGCGAUGGUCACCAGUGGCGGAUACCUGAUGAAGAGUGCUGAAGUCAUUGCCAAUUCCAUAAAGAAUUUACACGAAAAGGAACUGAUAGAACUCAGAGCCUGA